AUGGGUCACUUUGGUCAGGAUAUCAUGGGUCACUGUGGUCAGGAUUUUGAAUGUCGACCCCAUCCAACAGUUGAACAGUUGAAUGUCGACCCCAUCCAACAGUUAAAUGUCGACCCCAUCAAGUUGUUGAAUGUUGAACCCAUCCAACAGUUGAAUGUCGACCCCAGCCAACAGUUGAAUGUCGACCCCAUCCAACAGUUGAAUGUCGACCCCAUCCAACAGUUAAAUGUCGACCCCAUCAAGUUGUUGAAUGUUGAACCCAUCCAACAGUUGAAUGUUGAACCCAUCCAACAGUUGAAUGUUAACACCAUCCAACAGUUGAAUGUCGACCCCAUCCAACAGUUGAAUGUCGACCCCAUCCAACAGUUGAAUGUUAACACCAUCCAACAGUUGAAUGUCGACCCCAUCCAUUGGUUCAAUGUCGACCCCAUCCAACAGUUGAAUGUCGACCCCAUCCAACAGUUAAAUGUCGACCCAUCCAACAGUUGA